GGAAAUUCGAGAUCCGGCUUACCUUCCACAGCUGACGUCAUUACCGUACACAAUGCGCUAGAAGUGAUGGAGACAGUGAGCAAGCAAGUCCAGGUAGUAAGCGGACUGGGGGUGGGGGGUCCGGUGGGCCCUGUGGGUCCAGUGGGGGCAGAUUUGCAUCACCAUCAUCAUCCUCACCCCCACUCCCAUCCUCCACACCCACACGCCCACCCCCACGGUCAUCCUCACGGACCCCAUGGCCACUCACUGGUCGGUGUAACGUCGACCCCUGGCAGGGGUCAGACACAACCACCGGUCUCGCAUAACCAGCAUUUACCCGCGAGGUCUACUCCGGUACAGCUGCAUAGGCCGGCACAAAGUUAUGUAAACAUCAAGAGCAGCAGUCCUGUGUCUCCAAGAACGAUAGGAGCAGGAGUGACGUAUGUGCAGGGUGGUGCGGCUGCAUCUUCAGCGACGGCUGCGGGGACAACCGGAAGUGGAAGUGGCGGAGGUCCUUCAAUCGGAGGAGGCGGUGGCGGUAGCGGAGGAGGUGGCAGUGGUAUCAACAACGCUGGUGGCGCGAAUAGUGGAACUGGAGUUGUUGGGACUGGAGCUGGCGCCGGUGCCGUUGGAAACGUAGCAUCAGUCGGAAAUGGUAACAACAACGGUACCAGUAACAGUGCCGGUACGGGAAGCAACAGUGGUGGAAACAGUGGUACAGUGGGUAGUGCACCAGGGGGUUAUGUUGCUGUUCCCAUGGCUGGUGCUCUGCGGUACAUUCAUCCGUAUCCAUCGACGCCAACGUCGGCAUCGGUGCCGGCUGUAGCGACAAUGGUUACCUCAGCCUCGUCGGCACCGACUCCAGUGCCAGUUCCAGCACCCGCAGCUGCGCCUGUCAAUCCACCUACAGUUAGUCAAACGCCACCACCAUCACUUUCGGGAACUGCUUAUGCCGCGAGAGAUGCAUAUCGCAGCGCCACCACGAAUGUGAACGAGAGGAUUGCCAUCAGUGUGAGCAGUAGUCCUUUGUCGCAGAUUGGAGUCGAUGUUGGAGUAGUUGCAGCCGAAUAUGCGGCAAAUAGCGGUAUAAGUAGUGGAAGAGGAGAGAGACCGAGGAUAUCUCUUUUACCACCUGCUUCGGUAACGCCGACACCUUCACCAACAGCACCAGGCUAUCAACAUAACAUGUCUGGAGUUAGAAAUUCACGAAUAGCCCUGAUGCCCGUCCAGCCGGAUCAGUAUUGCAAUCGUACAGCCGUUGAAAUGGCUAAUCUCCAGGAGGCGCCGCCCUUCAAGAAGAUACGCCUCAGUCAACCGACCCAGAUUCAAUUGCAGUCCCAAACGCAAUCUCGUUGUCAUAGUUUAUCACCCGCUGAUCCGUGUGUUAAGCAGGAGCAUGUGGUACAGUUGCAGCAACCGCUUAGGAUAGAUACUAGGCCGGCAACAGAAGCGUAUACACCGCAAACUGAAGCGAUUUCGCCUACCCUUCCGGAGCCAAACACACAAGAAGAUGCACAGUUCAGAAGCACGAAAGAUGAUCUUCUGCAACAAAUUUCUAAGGUUGAUAGGGAGAUUGCAAAAAGGGAAUCUCAGAUAAAUAAGCUUCGGAAAAAAUUAAAAGAAUUGGAAGAAGCGGCUAAUAAACCUCUGGAAGCUAGCGGUCUUAAACGGCAAGUUGAGGAACAGUCUCAGCAACCAAAGCAUCAAUCUCUGGCACAAAAAAUUUAUGCUGAAAAUAGGAGAAAGGCAGAAGAAGCUCAUAGACUUUUAGAAAGGCUGGGUCCAAAAGUGGAAUUACCUUUGUACAAUCAGCCAUCAGAUACAAGUGUGUAUCAAGAAAAUCGAACAAAACAUCAAACGUGUAUGAGAGCAAGGCUUAUAGCGAGGCUUCGACGAGAACACGCUGAACGUGCAUCUCUUCAUCGACAACAGUCACAAACGUACGCUAUUUUGGUACAGGAGUGGCAUCGUAAAGUAGAACGAUUGGAAGCAACGCAGAAAAGGAAGUCGAAGGAAGCGAAGAAUCGUGAAUUUUUUGAAAAAGUAUUUCCAGAGUUGCGUAAACAAAGAGAAGAUAAAGAACGUUUUAAUAGAGUUGGUGCUCGUAUCAAGAGUGAAGCUGAUUUAGAAGAAAUUAUGGAUGGCCUUCAAGAACAAGAGAUGGAAGAUAAAAAGAUGCGUUCGUACGCAGUCAUACCUCCAUUAUUAUUGGAUACGAAGCAGAGACGAAUCGCGUUUCAAAAUCGUAAUGGUCUUCUUCAGCCAGAAGAAUUAGAAGCUCUUCAUAGCGAACGGAAGUUAAUCAAUGUAUGGAGUUCUGUAGAACACGAAUUAUUUAAAGAAAAAUAUUUACAACAUCCUAAGAACUUUGGAACGAUAGCUCAAUCUUUAGAACAUAAGUCCGUUCCAGAUUGUGUGCAUCAUUACUACCUCACUAAAAAAGCAGAAAACUAUAAGCAGCUCUUGAGAAAGUCGCGGCAACGAACACGGUCUCGAAAUAAUCCUAAUAAUAAAGUAAAUAAUACCAGUUCAAGUAUUGGAACUUUAGAUAUUUUAACUACGGGUGUUACGACAAGGUUGCAACGUGAGCAACAGCAGAAGACGCAAGAAAAUCCUCAAAAUAGUUCAGCAGCGACAUCAACUACAACGACGACGACGACUACGACAACGUCGAGUGUAUCAACAGCUGUUGCGACAACAAUAGUCACCACUUCGACAACUCCUUUAAGUUCAUCAACGUCGAGUAUAUGUUUAACGACAGAUUCUGUAAUAGCAUCAACGACAGCUACAACGACAUCUGUAUUGAGUACUACGACAUCGUCAGUCACGACGUCAUCGACGAUAACAAACGCGAAGGAUAAUAGAGAAACCAAUAAAGAAAACAAAGAAAGUAAAAUAGAAUCGAAAGAAUCGCAUCUCAUCAAGGUGGAAGUGAAAGAAGAACCACAAUUAAGUUCGGAAACGGUAUCAGGGAAGGACAUCAAAAUGGAGACGAACAACGUGAGUGGUGGUAGCGUGGUAACUACGAACAGGAUGAAGGAAAAGAAAAAAGAUAACCACGCCACCCCUAUGGAAACCAGCGACGAGGAAGCCCAAUCGAUGGACACCAUUGAAGGUGGAAGACAGAUUGGUCCCCACGCCUGCACGGUUUGUCAAAAUAUCGUGGAAGGAAACACGCAGAGCAGGGCAUUGCCGCGAAGUCAAGCGUCCCAGUACGGUCUGCGAGAGGAUCAGAUCGCACCUGGUGCGCGUGUGUGCAAUACCUGUAGGUGUAAAGCAGUUAGAGGACGAUAUACAGCGUGUCCAUUACCAGGUUGCCCGAAUUUGAACAACGCUUCAAAGACAAGAGUAAAAAGAUUGCGAGCUUUACCCGCUAAGUGGCUCGACUUACCAGCUGAAAUUCGUGAUCCAAUUAUUCAAGAAUUUCAAAUACCAAGUAACGCGACAAAAUGUUGUUCUGCCUGCUUCAAUCGAAUAUCUCGUCGAUUGGCGCCGCACUUAACAGGAAGUGCCGAGGUGCCCGAAGACUCAGCCGACUCUCUUGCUCGACAAUGGACAGACGAGGAAUUGGAACAAUUGAGGAGAGCCCUUCGAGAGCAUGGAACCAAUUGGGUGAAAGUUGCCGAACAAAUACCAGGAAAAACGAAUCAUCAAUGCAAGAACUAUUACUUUGCUUAUCGGAAAAAGUUAAGCUUAGAUCAGGUGGUUGCAGAGUAUUAUCAAUCUCUAGGCGAAGAAAGGAGACCUUGUUUGACAGAUGAAGAAGAAAGUGGUAGCAGUACGAGUAGUUGUGAUGAAUUGGCAGUCCAUGAUUCAAGCGAUACGGCUAGUGCAGGCAGUCCAGCGAACAAUUUGUCCAGUGGUACACCAGGUACUCCUAGUGCCACAGCAUCCUCGAAUUUGCCUAUAGCUUUCUCGCGAUCGACAGAUCAAAAACUUGGUGAGAAAUUAGCGGAUAUCGCUGUGGUAUCAUUAGUACCGCCAGUGAGCAUAGGUCCGUCGCAACAGUCUUCCACCAGUGGAAGUAGCAAUGCUGCUUCAGCUGGUACUAGAGAAGAUUAUGAUAGCUCCGCCACGGAGACGGCGGACGAAGGUCAGGGAGGUACCGAUUUAGAAAAUAAUGGUGUGGUUGUCACGUUGACAACUGCUAAUAAUCCCACAUCAUUGCAACAACAGCAUCAGCAAUCUCAUCAACAAGUUGCACAACCUUCGCAUUCACCACCAUCCACUACUAGCAACAACUCCAAUCCUCUUACUGUGAAGGAUCUUAUGCUUGGUGUUAUUGAGAUGCAAUUGAAACGUAAUCCUAACAGUCCAGCUGGUACCAGUGGUCCUUCAGUAUCAAUAAAUUCUGGAACACCAACGAUAUCGAGCAUAUUAAAAACGGAUCAUAGAAAUGAUAUUACAUUUGUGAGAGAAUAUAAACCAACAUCAACUAUGGCAAAUACUAAUAUGUCAAGGGACUCGAAUUUGGCUACCUUGUCGGUGGUAUCCGGUCCUCACCAUGGUCAUCGUUCUGCUUCUAGUCCUCAGCAAAUUGGUCAAAUGCAAGCAACAAUUACUCCCUGUCCACCUGCACCAUCGAAUAAUCAGUCAUCUACAUCAGACAUACUUCCAAAGGAAGGUUUAGUUGUGAUGCAAGUACAACAAGCAUUACGGGAAAGCACCGAGGGCACUCUUGAUUUGAGCAUUAAAAAACCAAGACAACAGCAAGAAUAUAAUCAUUCCCUUCAAACACUUCAUAAACCACCGACGGUCACUCUCUAUCGGCCAGAACCUUCGAGUGCUUAUUAUCAUCCUCAUGCUCAUGCGGAACAAGGUCGUGGCGCCAAAAGUCCAUUGGUGUACGCCUCGUCUCCACGACCUCAAGCACCUCUUACACCUAAAAUGAAUAAAGUCGCAGUACCACCACCACAUCCUAAAUUGUCGCCUAAAUUGAGCGCAAUAGUGACAACAAGCCAUAAAAGUGGUUCUAUUACACACGGAACUCCUGUAUCUAAUACACGUUAUGAAGGUCUUCUUAGACAGAUGACUCCUCCAGGAAAUCCUGGCAGUGCAACUGGAACACCUAAUUUAACUAGCGGUGCAGGGGCUGUGAAUGCACCUAGUAAUCAAGGACCUAAAGAAACAGGAUCCAUAACUCAAGGAACUCCCGUUCAUCCUUAUGUGGAUAAGCGUGCACCAAUGUAUGAUUAUCAUAGAACAAUCAGGCAUUCACCUGUAACAACAGGCAACAUUCCUGGCCAAGGUCAGACUCAAGCCGGAACAGCAGCAGUAGUAGUGACGCAUAGCAAUCAAUAUAAUUCUUAUUCAGGACGACCACCUCCUAGCUAUACUAUGGAGCAACAGCUAUCGUCAAGACAAAUUAUUAUGAAUGAUUAUAUAACCAGUCAACAAAUGCACGCGCGAAGUCGAAGUGCUGGCACGUCUGAGGGUAAUAGUAAGAAUGAAGGACCUUCGACGUUAUAUUAUACCAGCACACCCCCACCUCAAACCCAUACACAACCUCGUCAAGGUGUGAUACAAAGGCACAAUCCACAAAAGCAAAUUCAUUAUCCGCCACCACCACCAGGACUGGAGGCCUUUUCCAGUUUGGUGGAUGUUGCUGUACAGCAACCAAGUCUUCCGGUUCCUCAUCCACAUGGACAUCCUGCAUCUGGGAGUAGCAGUCACGAAGGUCUUGGUAAGACCAUGGCAGACAGAUUGUUGGCCGACCGUUACGGAGAUAAACAUCGUUUAACUAUGCAUCAAGAUCAUAGAAUGGCAGUAGCUCAUCAUCAUCAACGUGAUAGAGAAAGGGAACGAGAUCUAGUUCAUUUGCGCGAAAAGGAAGAAUAUAGAUUACAGAGAGAGAAGGAGAUUCAACAACAAGAACACAGAUUGGUUCAACAAAGAGAAAAAGAUGUACAACAUGCUGAACACAGAUUGUCAAUACAGCAACGAGAAAAAGAUAUACAACACACUGAUCAUCGUCUUACCGUCCAUCAACAAAGAGAAAAAGAGAUUCAUCAGCAAAUGGUAGUAGCUGCUGCUCAACGUGAAAAAGAACAUCAAGAACAUCGUUUGGCUGUACAACAACAAAGAGAAAGAGAUCUAGCACAUUUGCAACAACAACAACAACAACAACAUCUUCAACAACAUAUUCAACAGCAACAGAGAAUGGAGGUUGAAAGAAGGCAACAUAUGGCUCAAUUGUACAGAGAUCAGCAGCAGCAACAACUUGAUAGGGAUAGUCGAUUAAUAAAUAGUGGAUUUACUCAAUCUUCUAGGCUUCAACAACCGCAACAAUCCCAGCAACAACAACAACAGCAACAACAGUCAUCUUCUAGACAAAACCAGUCCUCCAAUCAACAACAAAAUGAAUCAGCGUCUACAUUAACUGCUGCCAGUCUGAUAGAUGCUAUUAUAACACACCAAAUUAAUCAAAGUGUUGAAAAUACUGGUGGAAAUGCCCAACCACAACGACCUGGUGAUCGUCUUUUCCAGGUAACUUGUGGAUUUCACCGAGAAGCUCCAGUAGAACCUAAUGGAAUGGCUCACAGUCCUGCUGGCGAUGGAAAUGGUGGCAAUAGCGGAGCUGGGAAUACAGGCGGUAAUGGAGGUGGCAAUAAACCUAUUACUCUUGGAGAACAUGUUGAUCAUAUUGUUUCUAAAGAUUAUGGUCCUCCACAUUCCUCAUAUAGAUCGUAUAGUGGAUAUCAAAUCUCGGAAGAUCAGUGGAAGAGACGAAAAGCUAGCGAACCCGAUUCCGUGAAGACUGGAGAUGAACGUCAAAUAAUUCGAGUUACACAGCAACAAUCGCAGCAACAACAACAGCAGCAGCAGCAACAGCAACAACAGCAGCAGCAACACCAACAUCAACAGUCAGCAGCAUCGGUAGGAAAACAAUCGUUCCAUUCAGUCGAACCUGUUUCACCUCCAGAAGCAGGUACCAAUCACUAUGGGCGUCGCCUGUACGAAACAACCACUGCCACAUCGACUUCCGGAACUCCUUCCAAGCCUCAUCUGUCACCUUUGGAUUACGUAAAGAAUAAGAUCGUUGAAGUGAUGCGUACAUCUGAAGAUGAUAAAGGGGGUAACACAACUGAUAGAAAUGGAGGAAACAUCACAAGUGCAGAAAAAGAUGAGAAAAUUGGAGGAAAUGUGGAAAGUCCCUCAAGUGGAGAAAUGAUGGUGGACGAGACACCGAAUAAAACUCCUCAACCACCUGCACCAGCGCCUACUACAACUUUUUAUCCGUUCAGUGCGUUAGGCGUUCAUACUGGCCCACCUCCCGCGCCACCACCUCCAACUUCUGGAUCUGCUUCUGUGACAAAAUCUGAACAAAUGCAAGCCGAACCAGCACCAUUGCUUUCUGCACAGUACGAGCCACUUUCUGAUGAGGAUUGAUAGUCUAAUAAGUUAGCAACGUGUGCUAAUCCACACGCUGUGGAAAUGUUUUUAGGGUAUUUAUGCAGUUCGUUCAUAAUGAACGAAAGUCUUAUUCAGACUACAACAAUGAAUAUCGAAUAUUUCACAAUUACCAAUGUUUUUCGGGCGUUAGCCAUUGCGUUCUAACUGGUCGUAUCUAAUAAUUUUUCUAAUGAUAAUUGAAUCGAAAGAAUUUCUUAUUUCGUUCCAUUUCGUUCGUUUGCUCACUUUCACUUUUUUCUUUUCCUUUUUUUUAUCACGAACUUUAUCGUAUUCCGAAAUGGAAAUUAUAAAUACGAUGGUUUUAAAUAGAGUUUAUUAUUUUAUAAAUUUCAUAUUCCGUCAAUGUAUUCUUUUAGUCAAGGAUCGUUUCCGUACUCUUAGUGUACAUGUAAAUGUGAUUAUUUUACGGAAGCACUAUUAUUUUUUUAAUGCUCAUCCAGCGUACGAGAAACUAACUAGCUGCGUAAUUUUAAUUAUUAAUUGAUAUUUUUUUACGCAUUACUUAUCCUUCAUGCUAAUAUGUACGUAAACGUUAUGUAUAAUUAUCAGCUAGAUUAAAUAUAAUUAUUUCCAUUUUCACGCCACUUAUUUUUGUUUUUUAAGAAAAUACUUUUUUUUUUAGAUAUCGUUAAUUUCUAACAUGGAGUAUAAACCAUGAGGAUCUUUUAAUUUUAAAACGACACAGAACAAUCUACGCAUAUGUUAAUAAUAAAAUUAUUAAAUCUACGAAGUACAUAUAUUGGAUCGUGAUAUUUAAUAUUUUUUUAACCUAAAAAAUACAUAUAUGAAAUAUUUCUAAUGCAUUCAAAAACUCGUGAAAAUGUUAAAUUAUCAUUCUAAACAUUUUUAUGUUUAUACAUAGAAAAAAAUGUGCAUCAUACAAAAGUUCUCGAUCCUUUCUAAGAUUAGAAACAAACAUUAUCGAAAAAUUCGACCUGUGGAACGUCCAGGCUAGCCCAAGUUUACAAUGGAGACGCUUUUUUGUAUAUAAUGAAUGAUAUAUAAUCGUUAAAAAAAUGAUACAACGCUAAAAAGGCAUACGUGUUUUUAUUUGGAAUGAGUCUGUGAUGUGUCUGGAAUUAUAAAAAAAUAGCUUCAACUGUUGUACCAGUGCGAAAGGCAUAUUAGCCUCAAAUUUGACAAGGAGUCAAUAUGAUUGACGUAAGAGACAUAUGAAAUGCAUUCUCGCACAUAUUGACAGUGUACUGUCUUAAAGAGAUCACUUUAAAUAUUCUCUCCUUGGUGAAGUGGGUUUUAAACAAAACAACAAAAAAAAAGUAUAAUUCUAAGUGUUGUACAUAGUACACAAUAUUAAUUUUUAAGUUGAACAAGUAGGUAUAUGAUGGCUAGUUUAAUCGUAAUGCUAUAUUGUAAGAAUCUAGACUUAGUAUAAGUGACGUAGCUAGCAUUUAGGAAUUAGACGCCAUGAACUGACUAGGGAAAAAAUUUCCCGAACUAUGUUCUCUUAUUAAUAAAAAAAAGAGAUAAAAGAAAACGUAUACAGGCGAUUUUGAUUGAUGGAAAAAAUUAUCAUCCAUCAUAAGCGAAUGGAUGUGAAUUUUAUUUUAUUUGAUUGAAAUUAUAGAAUUUGAAUGUACGCUCUGACUAUCAAACAAACAAAAUACAUUAUGCAAUUAUACAUAUUACAAAACAAAUUACAUUUUUCACACAUAUAUACACAUGCAUACAUCGGUGAAUACACAUGUACACAUAAAAAAUUUUUAUAUAGCCUAAUUUUAUAUUUGUAUGCAAAUGUAAGUUCAACCAUGCGAUCUGCUCCUUCAUUUAGUCACGCGACACUCAAAACGAGCCUUAGUCCCUUUGACAUAAGAAAAUUAUUGCUUUUUAUUGCAACAUUUGCUGCACCGUAAAUCGCUUCUACCAAACGUGUUACGAUAUACAUAUACAUGCAUGUAUGAAUGUAUGUAUGAUGUAUGCAUGUAUGAUGUAUGUAUGUAUGUAUGUGUGCAUGUAUGUAUGUAUAUGCUUAAUAUAUACAUAUAUUUAAUAUAUGUGUAUUUUCUUGUACUUUAUUUCAGUAUGCACUUUUGUGUGAGCUUACGAAAGCUCUUGAGAAGUAAAAUACAUUCGGUCAAAUAAUGCGAGUGCCUCUACAUGUGCGCAGCCUAUUGUUAUAAAAUGAAUAUACAUAAUUUUGUUAUCUUUAUAUUAUGGGUCGCGGUAAUUUUCGUUUCGUUUUACGUAUUCCAUUUCGUUUCCGCGAGGAUCAUAUCGGAGGAGUGUCCAAUAUAUAUGUACAAACUGCAUACACGUGAAACGUGUUCGAUAGAGAAUGUUUGAAUCAUAAUAUUGGUAAAAUAGAAUUCGUUUACAUUUAUAUAAAUACAUAUAUAUAUAUACACAUAUAUGUGUAUGUAUGUAUGUAUGCUGAUUGUUCAAUUGGAUAUUGAACAAUAUCCAAGAAAAAAAAACAAAUGUCUCGAAACUGAUAUUACAAAAAAAAAAAGAUCUUAUAAAGUCUUCUUGAUACUCGAGUUUACGAGUUGAUAAAAUAAUAUGAUUUUGAAAUUUAAACAGUUCUGUGUGUUAAUAUUUCUUGAACAUUUCUUUUAGCGAUUUCAUUUUUUUUUUAAAAAAAAUGAAAGGAAAAGUUUUCCUAUAGACGUUCAUAUUAACUUAGCACAGAAAAUACUCCUUAGUUUAUAAUAAACAGUAGUAUAUAUAUCGGGACACUUCAGGAUUGCGAAUUCGUCGUUUACCUCUCGCGAGUUACACGUUACCGUCGUUUGUUUUUAGAGAGAAAGGGAGAGAGAGAGAGAGAGAGAAAGAAAGAACGAAUGAGUGCAAAUAAAUCGUUUGAUAAAACUGUGUCUGUAAAUAAACAAACUAUUAACCUUCGCUUCGCCAGUCUCAUGUUAAGGUUCUUAAUAUCUUUUCAACUUAUGACUUCGAAAAAAAGAACUUCUGUGUUCUAUAUCGCGAUUUUUACAUAUUUUUAAACGACAAAAAAAAAAGAAUCUUCAAAGAUCUCAAAAAACACGUAAUCAUCUAUUACACCAACACAUUGUCCUUUCUCAUAUUGUUAUGAUUAUAGUAGGGAUUGUGUCGAUCGAGCAAUUAUAUUACGUUAUCUGUAAAAAAAAUUAUGAUCGCCAUCAUUAUUAUUUUGCAAUACUCGGCAUUAUCAUUAUUUCGCUAUAUAAUGACUGAUAUUAUUUCGAUCAUGAAAUCAUAAAUAUUAAACAAAAGAGAUAUAAAAGAAAGAGAUAAAAUCUGACGCAAAUUUUUUUCUAACGCUUAAUAGUAAUCUAAUAUAUCGUUCUGUGCAACUUAUCAACGUAAAUGAUAUUUCAAGUGAUGUGUGUUAUAAAUGUAUCGAUCAGAAGACAUUUUCCCACUAUUAUUUUGAUAAUCUGUCUUCGUGUAAAAAGCAGUCGUGAAAAAAUUAAUCACAUGGUUUGUGGAUGGAAUUAUAUAUAUAUAUAUAAAUAUGCGUACACUAUAGAUUCAGUUUCUCAAAAAAAAAAAGAAAAAGAAGAAAAAAAAAAUAAAACAAUAUGGAAAUUUUUCAGCCUCGCAUAAGAUAUACAGAGCAUUUAUUUUAGCCGAUUAUAAAGGUAAUUCUCAAUCAACACAAAUCGUAUCAUUACAAAAAUUUUUAUUAUUACACUUAUGAAAAAAAAAAGAAAAGAAAAUUUUUUUAGAUAAUACAAAAUCGGAGUCCUGAAGAAUACUGUGUUUAAAUGCUUCCACUAAAAUAACGAAAAGAGAAAUAAGAUUAUGGGAAAGAUUAAGCUAAAACAAAUAAACGGAAAGGUAUAAUGUGAACAGCGAUUUUUAAAUGCGAUCAUCCGCAAUCCGAUUGUACUUUUCGAAGAGUGCCCCCUUGGCGUUUCUCUGCUUUCUUUUUGCAGCAAUUGAAGCGAUUGAAUGUAUUUACUUUUUUCAUUUAUCGUAUUAUUAAAUUCCAUUACCAACACAGUUCGAUCUCUCCAAUUGUGAUAAGAAGAAACUUCCUACAUGUACAUUUACAUGUUUGCGUUGCAUCAAAUCUAAACUCCACGAAAUAUUAUAUAUGUAUCGAAAAAAAUGUUGAACUCUCUUUUCGUGCUUUAAUCUUUGUACAUACGUAUAAGUACGAUGCAAUAUCGCAAUCACAUGUAAAAAUAUUUUCAAGAUUAACGUUUACUCGAAUGAUACUGUUGUAUGUAAAUGGUGGAAUGCCAUGCCGUACAUUAGACAAAAUAAUAAAGUUAGAAAGCGGAGUACGACAAUGGCAGCCCUCUUUUUAAGUACUUUUUAGCAACGUAAAACAUCAAAUGGAAAUAAAAAUAUAUACACAAAUAUACAGACACGAUAAAAAAUAAAAAGAAAAAAAAAAAAAAAGAAAAAAAAAAGAAA